AUGGUUCUGCAGCGCGCUUCAUAUAUGGUUUCAGUCCCAUCGUCGUCGGUUGGAGGUGAGCAGUUGGGCCACCGAGGUGAGCAGCGAGACAAAAGGCAAUCGGGUGGUUGGCGUGCACCAAGGCCAGGGAGAAUCAAGGUAAACAUAGAUGCAUUUGUUCCUAAUGGAAGAUUGAUGGGUUUUGGCUACAUUGCAUGGAACUCGCGUGGACAGGUUCUUGCCACAACAUCCUCAAAAUGGCCCCGGACGGUGUCGGUGGCUACAACGGAAGCUAUGGCGUUGCGGUGGGGCUUGCAACUUUCCUUGGAGCUGGGAUUCUUUGAGGUUGAAGUUGAACUUGAUAACCAGGUGGUGGUCACCUCGUGGAAGGGAGCUAAGAAGCAUGUUUCUUAUUUAGCUGAUGUUAUAUCUGAUACUGUUAGAGUUUCUCAAUGUUCUCGUUUCUUUUCUUUAGAUUAUGUGCCUAGACUAAGCAAUUUAGCGGCAGACUAUCUUGCCAAAUUUGCUUUGAGCGAUUACUGUUUUGUUGGGAUUGAGGAACACCCAGCCGAUUUGGCCAGUGUUCUCUCCGCUGAUUUAAUUUCGAUGCAUUAA